CCUGGAGCUCAAGAUCAGGCAGUUCCUGGAGAGCAGGCUCAAACCUGCGUCCAACGACUGGACCGCGUACCAUGUCCGGAUCAAAGACCUGCAGGACCAGAUCAACGCCUCUACUCGUGGGAACGCCGGCCUCGUCCUCGCCAUCGACAACGCCCGGCUGGCCAGCGACGACUUCAGGAUCAAGUUUGAGCACGAGCUGGCCAUGCGCCAGUCGGUGGAGGCCGACAUCGCCGGGCUGAAGAGAGUCCUGGACGAGCUGACUCUGGCGAGAUCCGACCUGGAGAUGCAGAUCGAGGGUCUGAAGGAGGAACUCAUCUUCCUCAAGAAGAACCACGAGGAGGACCUGCUGGCCUUGCAAGCCCAGGUGGGGGGCCAGGUAAACGUGGAGGUGGACGCGGCUCCCCAGCAGGACCUGUCCGCCGUCAUGGCCGGAAUCAGAGAGCACUACGAGACCAUGGCUAACAAGAGCCGCCAAGAGCUGGAGUCCUGGUUCCAGACCAAGUCGGCCGAGCUGAAUAAAGAGGUGGCUGUGAGCACCGAGACCCUGCAGACGUCCAAGUCUGAGAUCUCUGAGGUCAAGCGGACUCUCCAGUCUUUGCAGAUCAAACUACAGUCUGAGAACAGCAAGAAAGGAGCUGUAGAGGCGACUCUGGCUGAGACCAAGAGCCGCUACGCCAACAUGCUGGCAGGGUACCAGAGGCAGGUGGGGGGGCUGGAGGAGCAGCUGUCCCACCUCAGGGCCGACCUGGAGAGCAGUAGGGCCAUGUACGCCGAGCUGCUGGACAUCAAGACCAGACUGGAGAUGGAGAUCACCGAGUACAGGAGGCUGCUGGACGGAGAGAGCACCAUCAGCGCCGCCAGCGCCGCCAGCGCCACCUCUAGCAGCACGACCUCCACCACAACCAAGACCACCAAGGUGGUGGUGAUAACGGAGGAGGUGGGCAAGUCGGGCACCGUGAUCAGCAGCUAGAGGACAGGGACCAGAAUAUAACAGAGUCUGUCUCCGGUUCUUUAAUAAAGACCAACCUGACGUGG